CAAAGAUAUCACUACUGCGUUAUUUCACCCUUCAAUCCCUAGAAAAUUUUCUCGGUCGCAGGCUUGCCCUCUUGCCAACGUUUUGCUCGUCGGACGCCCCCACACGCCUUUUUCCUUCGCCGCAAACAGUAGCUCUCCUCUGGUUCCACGCCUGCCUUCAUCCCUAGGGGGUUUCUCGUGGCCCCUCGCAUCUCUGCACCAGAAGUGCGAUGUACGCGGAUCAGAUAGCGUCGGGACGUAAACGGUCCAUCAAAGAGCGCCUGCACGGCGAUCUCGGCGGGGACGUCGGCCGCUCUGGUGUGGUUGCGGCGAAAAGACAACGGCAAAGUGAUGACAAAUGGAAGCAUGAUCUUUAUGAGGACAACAUGGAACCUGAACGUUUGAAAUCUGUUGAUCCCAAUGAUCUUAGAUGGAAGCUUCAGAAAAAAAGUUCUCAACAAGCUUACCGAAGUGGGAAGGUGUCUGUAGUUCGAGAUCUUCGUGACAAGCUAUCUGGUAUGAGGCACUCACAGCCACCAAAUACUGAUCCAUCAAAGGCUAGACGAGUGUCAGAAAUUUCUGAAACUACCAAGAAAGAUCUCCGGCAUGAUCCACCAGUAUCAGAAGCAAAGAAACCAACCAAAUCAGCUUCCACAAAGCCAUCACAGCACAAGUCUGAGUUGUCAGUAGAUGGCUUCUUGCACUCUUUGGGUCUAGAAAAAUAUUUAAUCACAUUCCAAGCAGAGGAGAUUGACAUGGCUGCUCUCAAGCAUAUGAAUGAUGAGGAUCUCAGGGCUCUAGGAAUUCCAAUGGGUCCAAGAAAGAAGAUACUGUUGGCCUUGGAGUCCAAAGCUUAGAAUGGUGGGCAUCUCAUAAACUACUGCCAUUAGUAAUUUGUGCUAUUCUUGUUGGCUACACAGAGAAGUGUGGGAUGUGUUUCAUUCCUUGUAUCUAACAAUCUUUAUCUGUGCUUUCCCUGGCAACAGGCCUGUUCUAUCUAACCUGCAUGGCUUGAGAUUUAUUAUAGGUAAUUCCAAUCCUUUUAGAAUUA